AUGGCCCUGCGCUCUCUCCUCGUCGCCCUGGCCGCUGCGGCCGCCGUCACCGACGCCGCCGCCAAGGUCAUCGUCCCCCGCGCCGACGACAGCUGCCCCAAUAAGCUCAAGGUUUCUUACGAGCCCCCCGUCGCCGCCAAGGGCUGGCAGUACCGCCUCGCCGCGCACGGCUUCAAGAAGCCCCGCAGCAUCGCUUUCGACAAGGACGGCGCCCUGCUUGUCGUCGACUCGGGCGUGGGCGUCUUCCGCCUCACCGUCGACCAGGAUCAGGGCGAAACCUGCGUCGUGACGAGCCAGCCCAAGAAGAUCAUCAGCAGCACCGAGUUGAACCAUGGCCUCGCCCUCUCCGAUGACGGCAAGACGCUCUACGCCUCGUCUUCGUCCAAAGUUUAUGCGUGGGCCUACGACGCCAAGGCCGGCACGGUAGCCGACUCCAAUCGCACCGUCAUUGCCAACAUGUCGUCCACCGACAAGACGACUCGCACCCUUCUCAUGUCCCAGAAGAAGCCGGGCAUGCUCGUCGUCUCGCGUGGAACCGUCGACGACGAAGACCCCCUGGCCCGCAACAAGUCGAGUGGACACGCCCAGAUCCGUGCCUUCGACGUGUCACGCCUCGGGGACAAGGACGCCCCUUACGGCUUCAUGGACGGCGUCUUGCUUGGCUGGGGGCUGAGAAACUCUGUCGGCGUGGCGGAGGAUCCGUCCAAGGGCGGCAUCUGGUCUGUCGAGAAUUCCAUUGACGAAAUCACCCGCAAUGGCGAGGACAUUCACCAGGAUAACCCUGGCGAGGAGCUCAAUUACCAUGGCCGCCUCAAUGACAGCUCCACGACCAAGGACCAGGGCGGCAACUACGGCUUCCCGCGGUGCUACGCCAUCUGGAACACGACAAGCUUUCCCAAUCUCGGCUCUCUCAAGACGGCGGACCAGUUCCCCGGCCCCGAUGACGCCAAGACUCUGUCCGACGACCAGUGCAACAAGGACUACGUCGCCCCGCGGUUGACUUUCCAGGCCCAUACCGCGCCUCUGGACAUCAAGUUCAGCCGGGAUGGGUCCAAUGCGUUCCUCUCAUUUCACGGCAGCUGGAACCGCAAGAACCCCACUGGCUACCGCAUUGCCUCGGUCGCGUUCAACAAGGACACGGGCGAGCCCACCGCCGCUCACGACAGCAUGACGGCUGCCGUUGAUGUGCUCUCGACUCCGGACCUGGCCAACUGCCCCGACGGCUGCUUCCGGCCCGUCGGCCUCGCAUGGGACGCCAAGGGCAGGCUCUGGGUCACGAGCGACAGCACCGGCGAGAUUUUCAUCCUGAACCAGAACGGCACCAGCGACGACGGGGGCAAUAGUAUCGGUUCUCGGUCCCUCGUUGCUGACAAGGCCGCCACUUGGGCUGUCGUCUUGGCAGCCGUCGUUGCGGGCCUGUUCCUGGCAUAA